UUAAUGCGCUCAUUGACAACCAUGUCUACAUUCAAUCCGACUUCGCCGAUAAAUAUGGCAAGUGAGAAAGAUUGGGCUGCGAAUCUGGGUAUCUUGGACUGGGAUACAACCCAGAUCGUCUUCACUAAACGCUCUUUGAUCGAGUUUCUUAAAUAUACGGGCACCACGGUAGACACCAACUUCUCAAACAUUCAAAAGUUACCUCGUUAUGCGAAAUUUGGCAAGCUCACUGAAGGGCCUGCCGGAGUCACUAAAGCAUCCGAGCAAACCUCAACAACUUCGGUUACUUCCUCACAAUCGUCGGACGAUUUCAAGCCAACACGCCGUGUCCGAGAUCCUCCAGGCGGGGCUCGUAGCAAUAUCUUUGGGGACGAUGACGUUGUAGACGCUCUUGCUUUGGCGCCGCCCAAAGAGUCGGCGACUGAAUCGACGGAAUUCAAACCGACUCGUCGUGUCAGGGAACUCCCCGGUGGCGCUCGAAGCAACAUUUUUGGCGAUGAAGACGAAGAAGAUGUUCCUACUUCAGUACCUCCUACCGAGUCGGCUGAAUUCAAACCAACUCGUCGGGUCCGAGAACUCCCUGGUGGCGCUCGCAGUAACAUCUUUGGUGACGACGAUGAAGUCGAUGCCCUUGCUUCGGCUCCGCCCAAACAACAGCCAGUUGUUGCAGAUACUGCAACCGCUGAACAACCAACAGCCGCCUCAGGCUUCAAACCCACACGACGUGUGCGAGAGGGUCCAGGCGGUAAUAGCAGCGUGAACUCAUUCUGGGGAGACGAACCCGAAGAAUUCAAACCAACCCGCAGAGUUCGGCAAGCGCCAGGAGGUGGAACUUCCGGUAUCUUUUAA